AUGGAGUUUGACAACAAUUUUCUUACAACCUUGGUGGAGAGGUGGAGGACGGAGAUGCACACUUUUCACUUUCUCGAGGGAGAGAUGAUGAUCACUUUGAAGGACGUGGCCUUGCUCACCGAGUUGCCAAUAAUUGGCAAGGAAAUCAUCGAAAUUCGUCAAGUACAGUUAGAAUUUGAGGGGUUCAAUCAUCGAUUAGGCUUAGAGCUGUUAAACGAUUGA